AGGAGCAUCUUGUCCGAGAAAGUACCCCUUUGAGGACGCGUGCAACUUACAAUUUAAGAAAGCGAUUUUGAGUUCAACACACUCUUAAGUAAGUCAGCUUCGCUUUUCACAACGAUUCAACGGUCUAGUUCAACAACUUUUUGAAAAUUGUAGCGAAAGCGCAAGAAGAUUGAUCUACUUUUACUUCUUCGCAAGAGCAGUGGAAAGAAGAUAGAAGACGAUUCAAGUUGUGCUGGUAAAAACGCUCAUUUUUCGAGAUUCUUCUCGGACUGUUUCGUCUAGAAGAGGAUUUAUUUCACUUCACGCUUGCAAUAGAACACCGUUCCUGUCAUCUCUUCGGAGAUUCUUCUCUAUAAAAGACGCUCAAGGAAGGCGAGCUGCAUCUGUGACGACAGUAGAAUAAUUUUGGACGAGAAGUCUCCAAACUCAUCACCGCCGCACGAAUCAUCUAUCCGAAAGCUUUUGCAGGAUGACGUGGCAGAGCGUCCUUGCUGGGGCCGCGAUGGCAUUGCCGACGUUGGUCCAAGGCAACCGGAAUGCGGAGAAGAACCGGAUGUCCAUCGAGAUGAGUAGGCAUUCCUUUCAAAACACAAUCGCACUGGACCGCAUUGGAAAAGACCUGGAUUGGUAUAAAAUAUGCUUUGUUUGUUGCUUGAUAAAAGACGAAGAAAUUCGCCACCUCGAUUGCAUAAUCAAGAGAUCAUGAUCAUGAUGCAUGAGGUAUAAAAAUCACGACGUUGUUCAAUCUGCCGCUACAGUACAGUACUAUCGUCUUUCUUCUCAUGUUUGCGUGAGAAUAGACGCAGAAGCGGUAUAAUUCAUCGCAUGAAUACUUAUAUUCAUUGCAUGAUUCUUUCCUGAUCCACAAAACAGGUUCAUCAAUGGCGCCUCUCUUCCGACCCUUCCGCAUCACUUGCUGCUGACGCCCGGCGUGCAGGAUCGGUUCGGGCAGCUUUUUGCUCGGGAGGCGGUGGACAGCCGGGACUUUGAGGUCUCGGUGGACUUCAAAAUCGAGGGCGAGAUGAUGCGGGGACAGGGUUUCGCGAUGUGGUACUCGGCGGAAGACUUCGCCACCUGGUUCGAUUCCACGAAGUUCUACAGCGAAUACAAGCCGGAAAACAAGGAGAACGACUUUGACGCCUUGCUCAAGAAAAACGGGCUCACAUUCUACGGGUACACCGGAUGAUAGUUUGUAGUUUCUCGAAGAUGUCGUGAUACUUACUUAUCUCAGCGCAGGGAGGUUUUGAUGUUCGAUAUUGAAUGUAUCUACAUGUGGAGGAAAAAGUAGAAGCAUUAGUUGCCAUUCAUGAUCUGAUGAUCGGCGAAGAGCUGUGGUUCGAUGAUUCGAAAGAACUGCAAAACGAUGGGUGAAAACGCAAUAAAAAACAGGUACCAGGAGAAGAUGAACGGGUUUGGUGUGGUUUUUAGCGAGAAGGACCACAUGACGCAGGUCCAUUGCGUGGAGGACAGCAUGAAGGGGAUCCGCACACAGCUCGGCAGCGCCAAAUUCCUCCGGUACGAUAACAAGGACAUCACUUUGGCGAUUUCCAGGACCCCGGGCAACAAGGUGGAAGCCAAGGUAAAGAUCGGCGAAAAGUGGCACAACGUCUGCGAAGUCUCCACCGGGGGGAUCACCAACGGCAGCGGCUACUUGGGCUUCACCUCCUACUCCGGCAAGGGCGAACCCGGAGAGGAAAAAGUCGAGCCGGCGACGGUCGGGCUGCUCGGGAUCAAAGCGUAGAAUUUUUUUUUUCGGAAUGCGCUAGCUACCUACAGUCAUGCUUUGUUUUUCGUUCUCUCACAUUCGUAUUCACCCUAUUGGAAUGCUUUUUCGCACUGAGAGUGGAUAAUGGCAAUCGCGAUUUGUAAUUUUUGUUUCUCGACGUCCGGUUGUAGUACAGUUUUGAACCUUACGUACACGAUGUUGUGACCUCAACUUGCACAACAGUACCAACCACGACGAGCAUCACAUUGGCAACACGAGAAGCCUGGGCGUCGACUUGAAAGAGCUGGAAGCCGACUCCUUUAACUACGCCAACCAAACCGACCAAACGCAGGCUAUCGACCGACUGGAAAGACUCCUCGAAAAGUAGUUAUUGAAACCUUGACCUUUUUUUUUUCGGGUUCGGAUUCUCGACCAUGAGAUUUCUUUUUCACUGACUUUCUAGCGCAUCUACCCGACUACAAAUGAAUAUCGAUGACAAACAUUCGUUAGAUAUACUUAAACCUUCUCCACUGCGACAGCUUUGCCGAGGGCCACAAGGAUCAGAAGCUGCUGCAAUCCUUGGGUGAGCUGGGAGACCGCACGACGAAUCUCGAAGCUACCGUGAAGCAGUUCCGGAACGAGGUCCGGGUCGUGUUGGGCCACGAGAAGGGCACAUCAAUCCACGAUCUGAAAUCUCACAUGCGAGGACUCAAGACGCUCCUGUCGCACUCGUCGCGCGACCAUGAGAAUCAGGUAAAGAAUGGCUUUCUGCGAUCUUUUGCGCCUACUAGACAUUGAGAUGUCGACUGAGUUUGUUUUUGGAUUUAUUAUGACUUCGUAGUUGAUUGGCUUGUUGUUGUUCCGCUGUCUUGAUCCUAGUGCUUCGCAUAUUGUCUUCUCGACGCGCAUGCUGUGCGAGAAACAAGCGACCUUCUGGUGUGAACACAAAUCUUUCCAAUACAACAGGUCGAGAGUGCGCGAACGAAAGCACUGAGCGCCAUGGCCUCGAUGGACAAUCCCAGCACGGCCAAGAGCGUGGAAAAAUUCCACGAAAGUUUGGAGAAAAUCAAGACGGGCAGCUCGUCUCUCAUGUACAUGUUUGGGCUGAUCAUCUUUUCCAUCACGGCAACUACGUGCGCCAUCUGGAACAAAAUGCGAUCCUACGAGAAAAAACACUUUCUGUAA